CCCCGUCCGGGCCAUGGCCCAGCGGAGUUCCCUCUUCAUCCGGAUCGUGGAAGGAAAGAACUUGCCCGCCAAGGACAUCACAGGGAGCAGCGACCCUUACUGCAUCGUGAAGAUCGACAAUGAGCCCAUCAUCAGAACAGCCACGGUCUGGAAGACUCUGUCCCCAUUCUGGGGCGAAGAGUACAAAGUCCACCUCCCGCCCACCUUCCACUCCGUGUCCUUCUAUGUCAUGGACGAAGAUGCCCUCAGCCGGGACGACGUCAUCGGGAAGGUUUGCCUCACGCGGGACGUCCUGGCCAAGCACCCCAAGGGCUUCAGCGGCUGGCUGCACCUGGCCGAGAUCCACCCGGAAGAGGAGGUGCAGGGGGAGAUCCAUCUGCGGCUGGAGCUGGCCCCUGGUGAGGGGGCCCCCAGACUGCGCUGCACCGUGUUCGAGGCCAGGGACCUGGCCCCAAAGGACCGGAACGGAGCCUCGGAUCCCUUUGUCCGCGUGCGUUACCACAGCAAGACCCAGGAGAGCGCGGUGGUGAAGAAGUCCUGCUACCCACGCUGGAACGAAACUUUCGAGUUCGCGCUGGACGAGGCCGCGCCGGAGAAGUUGUGUGUGGAAGUCUGGGACUGGGAUCUGGUCAGCCGCAACGAUUUCCUGGGGAAGGUGGUGUUCAGCAUCCGCGGCCUGCACGAGGCCCAGCGCGAGGAAGGCUGGUUUCGGCUCAGGCCGGACAAGUCCAAGCCCCAGCUGGACGAGGGGAACCUGGGCUCGUUACAGCUGCAGGUGCAGCUGCGGGACGAGGUGGUGCUGCCCUCUGCCGUCUACCAGCCGCUGGUGCAGCUGCUCUGCAGGGAGGUGAAACGGUGCUCCAAGGAGGAGGCAGGACAGAUCAUCACCCUGAUCGAGGAGACCACCACGGCCCAGUGCCGGCAGGAAGUGGCCACCAACCUGGUGAGGCUGUUCCUGGGGCAGGGCCUGGCCAAGGACUUUCUGGAUCUGCUCUUCCAGCUGGAACUGCACAGGGCCGGAGAAGCCAACACCCUUUUCCGGAGCAAUUCAAUGGCCUCCAAAUCCAUGGAGUCUUUCCUGAAGGUGUCCGGGAUGCAGUACCUACAUAGCGUCCUGGGUCCCACCAUCACCCGCAUCUUCGAGGAGCGGAAGUACGUGGAACUGGACCCCAGCAAGGUGGAGAUCAAGGACGUGGGGUGCUCUGGGCUGCACCGGAUCCAGACGGAGAGCGAGGUCCUGGAGCAGAGCGUCCUGCACCUACAGUCGUACCUGGCGGGCCUCCUGGCAGCCAUCGGCCGCUCCGUCAGGUCCUGCCCGCCGGUCAUCCGUGCCACCUUCCGCCGCCUCUUCCAGCGGGUCCAGGAGCGCUUCCCGGAGGAGAAGCACCAGAACGUAAAGUUCAUCGCCGUCACCAGCUUCCUGUGCCUGCGCUUCUUUUCCCCGGCCAUCAUGUCCCCCAAACUCUUCCAUCUGCGGGACCGGCACGCCGACGCGCGCAUCAGCCGCACCCUUCUGCUCCUGGCCAAGACCAUCCAGAGCGUGGCCAACAUGGAUGCCCAGGCCUCGCGGGCCAAGGAAGCGUGGAUGGGGCCGCUGCAGCCCACCGUGCAGCAGGGGGUGGCCCAGAUGCAAGACUUCAUCACCAAACUGGUGGACAUCCAGGAGAAGGAGGAGCUGGAACUGAGCGUGCAGGGGGCACUGCUGCCGAUGAAGGAGGGACCCCUCUUCAUCCACCGGACCAAGGGCAAGGGGCCCCUCAUGACCUCGUCCUUCAAGAAACUCCACUUGUCCCUGACCAGUGAGGCCCUCAGUUUCGCCAAGACGCCCAGUUCCAAGACAAGCUCCUUCAUCCCCCUGGCCAGAAUCCGGGCGGCCGAGAAGGUGGAGGAGAAGAGCUUUGGCAGCUCCCACGUCAUGCAGAUCAUCUACACGGACGAGGCUGGCCAGGGCGAGACGGCCUACCUGCAAUGCAAGUGUGUGAACGAGUUGAACCAGUGGCUGUCGGCGCUGCGGAAAGUGUGUAUCAACAACCCGGCCAUGCUGGGCUCCUACCACCCGGGCGUCUUCCGGGGAGACCGCUGGAGCUGCUGUCACCAGAAGGACAAGGCCGGCCCCGGCUGCGACAAGACCCGCUCGCGGGUGACCCUGCAAGAAUGGAACGACCCCCUGGACGCGGACCUGGAGGCGCAGCUCAUCUUCAGACACCUGCUCGGGGUGCGGGAUGCCAUGAGGGAAAAAUAUCUGGAGCUGAGGGCACCCGGCCAGUACAGAGAUGCCCCCCAGGGCCCGAGCGAAGCCCCCGCCGAUGGCCCCACCGAGCUUUUCCAGAUCCUGGGGGCUCUGGAGGACGCUCACCGCUCCGGCCUGCUGGCUGACCGUGACCGCAAUUACCUCCUGGAGCUGCAGACGUGAAGCCCCAGCUGGGAGAGUCCACCCGGCCUCCCGCACCCCGCCUGCGCCCCUCGCUCUUCCUGCAGUCAUCGGGGGGGCUGGGGGAGGGUCACACAUUCCACGGGGGCGACCUGGGGUGAGGGAAGGGAGUCGGGGAAGGGGGGGGCUAGCUGUGUAGGAGCCAGCGGGACGGGACAUCCCCCCUCACGCGGUCUUCCCUGUGGGUCCGGAAGCUGCCCUGGACACUGGGCCCCACGGAGAGAAGCCUGGACCGGGCCUGAACUCGAGCCCCGUCUGUGGAUUCGCACCCCGGGGGAGACUCGAGGGGAGAAGCCGGGUACGGGGGGUGUCUCUCCCUCCCUUGGAAAGUGCGGGGCUGGGAACCGCAGGCCGGGGGUGAGGGGAUCGAGAGGGGAGGUCCCCACCCGACGUCCCCGGACAAGACCCCCCGCCCCCAACCCCCUGAGGUCCGAUGGCCUGAGAUCUCCCCUUGCUUCGCGGGAGUGCUGCCUCCCCUCUCCUCCCCUUCCCCCUCCUUGGCUAGGGGUCUAAGGCACCCCCCGUGAUCCAGGGGUGGGUUCAGCCAUAUUAGUUUGGACACUAGAGUCUCCUGCAUCGAUGCUGGGCACACCUGGGGUCCCCACGAUGGUGUUGGGGGGCAACCCGUGGACGGGGGCGAGGACCGAUCUGUCCUCCCCGGGGCUCAACGUGGAGCUGCAAGUGGCUGUCCCAGAGCACUGGCUAGAGGCCACUGGGGGAGGCCUAGGCCGAGGGAAGGAGCGGGGCUGUGCCUUGCGCCUGGGAAAGUGGCCCCGAGCGAAGCACAGCUGUCGCAGAAGGGCCUGGACUCCCUUCGAGCCCCUGAGGAGGCUCCAGUCAGAAAUCGAGUGAGUCGCCAGCCUGAUCCAGCCGGAAGACACCGGGCGAUGGAAAGUAAGAGCAGCUGGACAACCCCAUGGCCCACCCAGCCUGCUUGGAACUGCUGGUUCCUCUCUUGGACUCCACCCUCAGGGCUAGGGGUAGGCCAUGCGACACCUCGUCUCUCCCCCAGUGACCACCGUGGACCAUCCCACCCCCUUGACUCUCCCCUCACCAUCCCAGACUCUCCCCCAGUGAGCCGCCACGGCCCAUCCCACCAUGGUCCCAUCUGCCAUCUCUUUCUGGCUACCCGGCUUCCCGGGAGAACUGGUUUCUGUCCUCUUCCUCUCACUUUUCCCCCCUCUAUCCCCCGGGGGGGAGAAGUGGGGAUCUCCUUCCCAGCCCCUUUCCCAUCUCCGGGGAGGGUCGGGGGCGGAGGGAAGUGGAGGAGAGUUGAGGCCCCAACUGGGGCGGAACGACUCGAUCGGGACACAGACUGAAGGCCCCUUGGAAGCAGCCCCCUCCCCGGCCAAGCCCCUUCCCGGGUCUCCUGCAGUCGGGGACUAAAGGUGGUGGCGAGAAUCGGCCCCGGUCCCCUGGGGGGGGGUCCCGGUAGGAGCCUCGGGCUGAAGAAGAAAGGGCUAAAGCCCCAUCCCGACACGUUGUGGAACACGUUCUGGCCCUGACCCACGAGCCCAGGUGGCCCCCCGUGUCUACUCCAUGGGACUGCUGCCUGCUUAGACCAGAAGCACCUCCCCAUUCUAGCCUCACCACGUCACGGGAUUCCAUUGCUUUCCCCAUCACAGUCAUCCAGACUAUUACUACUCCCAUAACUAUUCCUCAUUUCCCUCAUUUAUACUCAAUUUUAUCGUCUGUCUCCUCCACUGGAUCGUUAGCUCCUUGUGGGCAGGGA